AAUGACGUUAUCAGUUAUUAUUAUUUUUUGCCCCAGGACCAGAGGGACUGGCUGCUGGACAAUGCUGUAGGCCGAUGGUUGGCUUCAAGACAGCUUAUCAUCUCAAACCUCACUCUGCUGAAAGUGUUGCUGUGGUUGGUGCUGCUCGGGCUCUUUGUUGAACUAGGGUUUGGUUUGCCCUUCUUUGUCCUUUCUCUAUUCUACUGGAUCUAUGAGGGACUUCGUACACCAGCGGCCCGUGAACCUGGAGAAAUGAGCGCUUAUUCUGUCUUCAACCCAGACUGUCAGCCUCUGCUGGGCACUCUUACUGCAGAGCAACUGGAGGGAGAGAUGGGUUACAGGCCUUUGGCAAACAGAUGAAAUAAUUUGAACAUUUGAAAAAAAUAUAUUUAAAGGAGUUUAUUAUUGCAUGGAAUAAACACAGAAAAUAAAAUAUUAUUUUUUUAAAAUCA